AUGUUAAUCAAAUUAAUGGACUUAAAUUUUACAAGUACAUCACCCGGAAGUAGCCGAAAUAGUACUUCUGGUGGUUACUCAUCGUGUAGCACACCGGAAGAAGUUGAUGUUGUUGCUUUUACACCUCGUCCACAACCAGUAAAUGAAGAUGAUCAGAAGCGAUAUUUUUGUCAACGAUGCUUAAAUCAUGCUCAGGAACAUCCUCGAAAGGGACACAAACCUUUUUGCCAGCACGUUAUCAAC